AUGGAAUUCUACCCUGCAGAAAGCAUUAUCCAGGUUGACCAAACUGAUGAAUGGUCAAUGGAAUUCCCACUCCUUACAUGUGGAAACAGGUCGGGAUCUGGCCUUACGCCUUCUGAAAGCAACUGGGCAGCAUUCACUACUGAGUUGCAAAAUACGGACUCUCCACCUAUCGAGUACGGUAGCGUUGAUAUGGCAAAGGAGGUUUUGCAUGAUCCUUACAUACCAUUCAAUGCGCAGUUUGGAGAACCAUUAAAGCCCGUUAUCGAAGGUUGCGUCAUGAUGGACACCUCACAGCAGUUAAAGCCGAAGCUUUUACUUCGGUCUCUUACUCCUAUGGCUAAUUCGGAACCUUCAUCCGCGCCUUCUAUAAGAUCGAAGCCAGUUCCGAAGCAGCUAUUAUCACAAGACACUUCCGUACAGCAUAGGCGCCGAUCUACACACUCCGGUAAUAAAGAUGAUCCAACAAUCCACAUUCUGCGGAAAAUAAGGCACAAUCAAGUUGAAAAGCGCUACCGAGCAGAUCUAGAUGCUAGAUUCAAGCAACUCGAUGAUGCCACCAGACAAGGAACUGCAGCUGCAGGUUCUGAUGCUAAGUCUGCGAAGGGCAGGAGACCGGGUAGGAAGGCAUCGAUUCUACAGAAUGCAUCUGAUCGUAUUGUCAGUCUUCAGACUAAGCUCAAAACAUUGCAGACGGAGAUAGAAGGUUUGUGA